GCAUACCGAUGCACCCACCCACCAACCAACACACACAAUCACACACAUGUGCCGUGCACUUUAUGCAGUUGCGCUUUCUAAAUCAAAUUUGGGUUAAACUGGCGGCUACGUUGACAAAGUUCAAGUCGAAUGUGGGCAGUAGUGUAUUACUUGGCCAAUACUUACCGUUGUCUUUCAAGUGGCCGUUUGCCAUAAUUGGCAAACAGCGCCAAUGUUAUUGUUACGGUAAUUAAUCGAGUCUCAAAACACACACACACACGAACUCUUAUUUUAAACAGCUGUGCGUGGUACGGCAAAAUAAAAAAAUAAGAAGAAGGAAAAAACUGGCUAUGCUAAUAUGGCAAGAAUCUCGCAUAAUAUGCAAAACAUUAUAUAAAUCCAAUUUACUUCCUGCCCAGCAAGCGAAAGUCAAUCAAGCGAUACGCAAAACACUUUAAAUAUAACAAUUACCGAACUGGAGACGAGGAUCAAAAAUCGAUUGCGUGAUUUAAUGCGUGCCAAAUGUUGUCAUGCUGAGCUCUUUUUAAUGAUUUUUCGAAUAGUAAUAACUGAUUUUGGGUAUUUCAAAAGUUUAUGGUCAACACUGUUGAAUAUUUGGGCAAUUAUGAAUCAAAUUAAUAGUUUCUCAAAUUGAGGAUUCAUAUUAAAUUGGUUACACCAAUACACACAGUUAUAAGUUACAAACCCAACGAAUUAAAUAUUAUUUCGUUAUCGAAGAAAAGGUCGAAUCAAAUUUGUGACUUUAACUUAUAGCACUUGACUCACAUAUUGUUUAUAUCUGGGUUUAGCGCAUUGCCUCGAUCGCUAUCUUUGUUUUAUUAAUAAAUGCAUGUCAGUUAGAGUUCUUAGAUACACUUUUAAAGAAAGUAACGGUUUCUUUUUAAAAAGGAGACUAGCUUAAAUAUCUAGAAUUAGGUAAACACAAAUAGUUGUAAGAGGUUGUAGGUUUUAUUGAGUUCAAUGUUUUCAACUGAUGAAGUCCCAAGGAAUAUUUUUUUAAAUCAUUAAAUUAGAAGAGUCAUACAAAUUAUAAUUUUAACUGGAACUACUAAGAAUAGACUAGAAUAUAUAUUUGUUUAUAGAUUAUGUGUUUGCAUAAUGACAGCUGUUAUUAUAACGGUGCAAAUGAAAUGUGGACUGCUGAAGACGUGUGCUUUUACAUUUCUUUCGAUCAGUGUUGCAAUUCACUUAUGGUAAGGCAUCCUACAGUCACUUACCAACACCGAGAAAACUGUAAAUUUUAGAAGACGCAUGCAAAUUUGUGCAGCUGAGUUUAUUUUUGUACAAGAAUUUUAAUAACUAAAUAAAACUGCAAUGCGAGUCCUAGCCUGUUCCCAAUGCUGUGCCGAGGACAACCGUGGACAACUUACCGUAACCUUCAAGGCGCAUGCAAAUACGCAAUCCCAUUUGAUUGACUUGCGGAAGAACCUAAAUGACAAAAAAUUACUACGCGAGUAUGUACAAAAGGUGCUCGGAGAUGAAAAAUAUAUGAGCUCCAUCCUGAACACAAUCUCGUCCAACGAAAAGGAAGAACACCGCUUGGCCACCGUUACCGGCUGGUCCACGGUAAACAUCGCCAGCUGCGCCGGCAUUUCGAAUGCAUCCAUCUAUGCGGCUCUCCAGUGGGUGAUGAUGCCCCUCAAGGUAGAGAUAUUUAACUUCAAGCGCAGUGGACCUGAGGACAAAAUGGCACGUGGUCAGUUCCUGGUGGACAACCUACUGAGCGCCAAUCGUCUGAAACGACUCCAGGGGGAAGUAGCCAUUCUUUACACGUGCCAAAAGUUUGAAUUGCGUGUUACGCCGGGUCUACCAAAAUCUGUGAUUAACGCCUCGAUAACCGAGGACUUUACUAUAGCUUUGGAAGCGGCAAUCAAAAAACGCUAUAAUCUGGCCACGCGUACCCUAGAUCUCUCCAGAUUCCAUGCCGUCCCAGAGCUGGCUCUGCAUUUCUGUCCACUGCAUGUGACCAAGCUACUCGAGAACGUUCUCGUUAUUUCCAACCAGAUUUUUCCGCAGAUGGCCGGCAUUGUGCUGAGCAAUAACUAUUUGUGUACCUUGAAAGCCUUUGCCGGGGUUUCCAGAAAUUUUGCCAACCUCGACCGCUUGGAUGUAAGCGCAAAUAAGAUCAACGAUUUGGAAGAACUCAAUUACCUGAAAAAUCUGAAUUUCAAGACCCUGUUCCUUGCAGGAACCGGGUUGGCCAAGAAAAAUGUGGUCGACAUUCAGAAGGUGCUACCUCAGUUGCAGAACGUUCAUGGUUGCCUACCGUUCGAGGAACAUUUUAUUGUUGUUGAUAAUCUCCCAAAGUAUCAACGGCUACAGAGCGGUAAAAAUAAAGGCUUGCAGUUUUGCCAACGAUUCAUUACUUCGUAUUACAAUUUGUUUGAUGAUCUCGCCCAGCGAGAGCAACUUAGCAAGUACUACUACGAAUGGGCCAUGUUCUCGCUCAGCGUGCCCGUGGAACUCGAUAAUGUGAACGCCUACAAGCUGUACAAUAGAAAUAAGAAAAGCCAUCAAUCCUCCUUUGCCCACAAUGCUAAAUUACAGCUAGGCAACGCUGCAUUGCUUCUCGCCAUUAGCCGCUUACCUUUAAUGUGUACCGACUAUCAGAACGCCGGUCUGGAUAUCGAAGCGUUCACCUCAAACUUAUGCAUCUUUACUUUGACGGGAUUCUUUAAGGAGAUCACUUCCGAUGGUUGGGAACCGAGACACUUCCAGCGCACUUUUGUAAUGCGCCUACUGAACAGACCUGGCUGGCUUAUAACUAACGACAUGCUGUGCAUAAUGUCGGCUAAUUCAAGCCAGAAACAGCUUGUUAAAUGUAACCCGGAAGUCAAAAAGAUAAAUACCGUUUCGUCGUCAAACCAGCCAUCCCUAGUUGAUAUCAAAACAAAAGAAAAAAAGAAAAACAAAAAUCUUUGCGAGGCAACAACUAAUGAGCUGGCCCCUUUGAACCAGGCAAUAGAAAAUAUGAACCUAUCAACUUCUAAUGUAGUUCUUUCUAGUGAGAACUUUAAUGAUAUGCCACCACUGGUUGCUAUAGGUCCAUUAAUUACUAACCCACCCAGUUCUUUGGGAAAGGAGAUCGCAGACACUUUGACAUUGUCUGAAGAAGAUGACUUUGAUCUAGUCAUUGAUGAAGAUGUCUUUCUAGGAGGCGAUGAUUUUUAAUAAUUACAUUUAAAACACCAUAACUGAAUAGUUUUAAGAAACCAAAUACGUAUAGAAUAAGGAAAUAAAGUUCCUUAAUGUAAAAGGAAUCCAAAAAUCUAA